UGCAGGAAGCCAGGAUGGGAAUGCAGAGCGUGGCAGUGGCUUGCGGGGCACUGGCCUUGUGCCUGGCACUCACCACAGCCACCAACCCCGGCUUCGUGGUGAGGAUCACCCAGGCAGGCUUGGACUACGCCCAACAGCAGGGGAUCGCAAUCCUGGAGAAGGAGCUGGCCCAGCUGACGCUGCCAGACAUCUCGGGGGACUCUCGUGUCUUGCAUGUGGGGAAGGUGCGCUAUUCAUUCUCCAGACUGCGCCUUCGUGAUUUCCACUUGCCACACUCACGGAUUACCCCGAUCUCCAACGUGGGCCUGCAGGUCUCCAUCUCCAACGCCUUUGCUGAGCUGGAUGGAGACUGGCGGGUGAAAUUUCUCUUUAUCCGGGACCAUGGAUCUUUUAACCUGAAGGUAGAAAAUGUCUACUUGAAAAUCGCCCUGAGGCUGGGCAGUGACACCACUGGGAAGCCCACCAUCAGCACCUCGGACUGCAGUGCCCGCAUCUCCAAAGUCCGGGUGCUCUUUUCAGGCAAGCUUGGGUGGCUUUACAACCUCUUCCACCGCGUUAUUGAAUCCAAGUUGCGGAAGAAUUUAGAGAGAAAGGUGUGUGACAACGUGGUCGAGUCUGUGCAGAAUGAGCUCCAGACGUACAUCCGGACGCUGAGAGUCACAGCCAGGAUAGAUGACAAGAUUGGGAUCGAUUAUUCCUUGGUGGCACCCCCAAGAGCUACCGCCCAGUCCCUGGAUGCAGACUUGAAGGGUGAAUUCUACUCCCUGGCCCACCGCUCCACCGUCCCCUUCUCCCCGCUGCCACUGGCCUUCCCCUCGGAUCACGAGCGCAUGGUUUACUUUGGAGCCUCCAGCUACUUCUUCAACACAGCUGGCAUUGCCUACCACAAGGCCGGGGCACUGGUCUUUGAAAUCACAGAGGCCAUGAUCCCAAAGGAAUCGGAAUUCAGGUUGGAUACCUCUGCCUUCUCAGCCUUCAUUCCCCAGCUGGAGGAGAUGUACCCAAACAUGCCAAUGAAGUUCAGGCUGUCCACUCCCACUGCUCCGUUCCUGACUAUUGGACCUGGAGGAAUCUCAUUCCAGCCCAUUGUGGAUGCCCAGGCUUAUGCCAUCCUUCCCAACUCCAGCCUGGCUCCUCUCUUCCUCCUCAGCCUGACAGGGAACAUGUCCGCUGUCAUCAACGUGAGAUCCGGCCGCAUAGUUGGGAGCCUGGACGUGGGCAGGAUCAGGCUGUCUCUGAAGGAUUCGGCUGUCGGCCAUUUCCAGGUGCGAAUGAUGCAGUCCUUAACGAACAUCCUUACUUCCAGCAUCCUGCUCCCACGUCUCAAUGCCCGCUUAGAUGAAGGCUUCCCUCUGCCACUUCUGGACAGGAUUCAGCUCUCCAAUAUCCUCGUGAGGUUCCACCAGAAUUUCCUGCUGCUUGGAGCAGAUGUUCGCUUCCAGCCCCGGGGAUGAAGAUAAGGCGAUGAGAGCCCUUCAGCACCAAAUAUGCUCCAAUCACCACUUUGCCCUUCCCUGCAUGAGCCAAAGACCACCAGACCUGCCAGUGUCCUGCACUGCUGCCUUGGCCCAGACCCUCCGUGCUCCUGCUGGGGCCUCACCUGAUGCUACCAUGAGCUGGGGGUCACCUGCCCUGGGCCACCCAGUCCCCUCCUUCCUCUGAGCAGCAAUAAAGGCAUUGGUGCUUGGGA